AUGACUGCCUCAAUUGCUAUCUUCGGUGCCAACGGUUUACUCGCCCAGCCCCUUAUCGACGCGCUUACCCUGGCCACCUUUAAAUCCAAAGUGGGCCUGAUUACGGUGGUGACGCGCGAGGAACCCAAACAACGUCACAAUGGCGUCGAGUACGUGAUUGCGGAUAUUUCCAACCACGACCAGGUGCCCCAAGUGGUCGCUGCUCUUAAUGGGGUCGACGCUAUCGUGGGGCUCAAUGCGCCCUUCCCGCAAGUGUACGCCGGCAUUGAAGCAGUGUUGAAGCAAGUGAAGCCCAAGCUCUACGUCCCGUCGCAGUUUGGAGUCGAUGUCCCCCGGGCGCAACAGAUUUUGCCCGGGUUUUUGCUGGUGAAGACCGACCACUCCAAAGCGGUCCGCGCCUUGGGCAUCAAAGUGGUCGACGUGUUUACCAGCUUGUUCCACUCCCCCAACGGGUUUAGCUACGAGAUUGUUGGCCACUACGGCGUGGACAGCGACGGGCUGGUGACGCAGCGUGGUAACCCUAAGCAGAAGAUCUCGGUGACUGCUACUGGUGACGUCGGCAAAGUUGUUGCGGCGCUCGUCACCGCUCUGGACUACUCUAAGCUCCCCGACGUGGUGAGAGUGGAGUCGGACCAAGUCACUCCCGAGGAAGUGCAACAGACGUGGGCCAAGAACCACGGCAAGUCCUUGAAUGUGGUGAAGUCGAUCGACCAGGCCGAGGCGCUCGCCGAAGUGCAAAGCGACUGGAAGGCCAACGGGUUCCUGCCCGACAAGUUCUUGUUCUACCUCCACUCGUUGACGUCGCAAGGGGCCAACGGCGGGACGUUGUUUGUCGAGAACGAUAACCAAUUGGUUAACCCCGGCAUCUGGCAAUGGGAAAAGUUCCACGCCGCUUAG